GGAAAACUAGCUGUAAGGUACUUCCAUCUUAUCCUGGGUUUCUCGUGACAGCUUACUUAAGGUGGCCAUAAAAACACUUUUUACUUAAUUUGCCAAAUCCUUUACAGACAACAAUUUGAAAGAUAAGUCAGUAACUCAUUCAAAGGUGGAGAACUAGGAGGUUGACUUGAUCACCCUAUCCCACAAGAAUAAACCACAACAUAAUUUUUAUUUAUGUAGUUUACCUGAGAUUACCACUAAACAUAGUUGCUGCAAUCUAGGAGAGGAAAAUGUUUAACCUGUAUAUGGGUAUUGGGCCUGUCCACUUUUUGCACUAUCAAAGUUUUCUCAUUGGCUACUCCACUAUUACUCAGAAUAUUGAUGGUGAUAUUGUUAUUCAAAAUUAAUCAGCCCUUUGCUAUUAAUCCAAAAAACAAAACCCAGGCCUAUAUUAAGCAAACUGCUUUAUGUUGCCAAAAUGGAGUUAUCCUCACAUGAUUAGAUUAAGAGGCUUUACCAUUGUGGCUUCCACUUUAACAACACUCCCAUUCUGACGACGAAACCUAAACGUCACCGCCCUUGUUGUUUCUGUUUGGAGACACGUGAUCCUGCGGUUGCAGAAGCGACUGACCUUUUCUGUGUAAAGUUGUCAGUACCAUAAACCAAGACAUGAACGCGAGUUCUGUGUCAAAAGCUGAGCUGAUAGCAGCGAUCUCCUUGACAGCAGGAGCAGCUGCUAUUGGGUACCUGGCCUAUAAAACAUUUAUGUCCAAAGAUAAGUGCUGUAAGACCCGGGUCAAUUUAGAAAUUCAGAAGGACAACCCGAAGGUAGUUCAUGCCUUUGACAUCGAAGACCUGGGAGACAAGGCAGUAUACUGCCGCUGCUGGAGGUCUAAAAAGUUCCCAUUAUGUGAUGGAUCCCACACAAAGCACAAUGAAGACACUGGCGAUAAUGUGGGGCCUCUCAUCAUAAAGAAAAAAGAAGCUUGAAGGAUCAUUCCCCAGACCUGACCCACCUAGAUGGCUGGAAUAAUUUGAAGAAUCAGGCAAAUCAACUCCAAACAAAAUCUUUCUGAUGUUCCGUGAAGUGCAGUCCUAUUGACAAGCCAGAAGAGGACAAUGUUGACAUAUAUUUAUGUGCCUAGAAGCCUGAAGCCCACAUUACAGACAAAUAGUAACAAAUGUACAAACAGAAUAUUUGGAAUUUUCAUUGACUUAUAACUGAAAUGAUACAAAAAGAUAUUUCAUAGAUUACAAAUCUGGUUUGGCAAAAACUCCUUAAACAUAGUUUGGAUGUAAAAUUGACAGAAAAUGACCCAACCCCAGUUGUACUGUAUUUAUUCAUCUGUUACUUGUUGGAAGGGUUUUCAACCUAACAACAGUCCUGUUGACCAGACAGAUCAGGGCACUGGUGGUUCCUAUUGGUUUGUCCUGAAGCCUCUGCCGUCCCACAGCUUUGUAAGACCUAUGACAGAGAAAGAAUGAAUCUUGGUUAUAAAUCUCCCUCCUGACCUGUGAGGGCGCUGUGUAAAGGGAACAGAGUUUCGGAAGGGUCUAGGGAUGGUAAAGGACAAGACAAAGCUUUCAAAUAAUUUUUCAGUAAAGUGAUUAGGCCUACUCUAGGAAUCGCGUCAAAAUAAUUGCAAAUUCUUGAGUUGUAAUAGGUAGUUUGAAACUCCAUAAGAAUUGUGUAUAGUUAAGAAGAUUGCCAUUACAGUUAAAUAUAAAAACAUUUCUACUUUCUGAAUAUACCCUUAUAUAAAAAAUAGACAACUGCUUCACAAACAUUUUAUAAAAUUUGGUGGUAAUACCAUCAUUAUCUGGUGAUUUUUUAUUUUAUUUUUUUAAAUUUAGUAGUUGCCAAUUGAUUUUACCCCAUUUUUCUCCCAAGUUGAUAUAUCCAAUUGUACUUUAAGCUCAGCUCACCUCUUCCACCCCUGCGCUGACUA